UAUAUUUUGUACUGUGUAUCGUAUCACAAAUCUUAUUAUUUUUUAUUUAUACGAAAAAUGUGAUUUAUUGUUAAUGAAAAGCGCAGCAAAGGGAAAUAAUCCAAUUAAUAUAAAGUUUGGUAAAUUAGUUAAUAAGCGGAAAGUGUAUGCGUUCAGUGAAUCGUUGGGAAAACCGCCUAAAAUAUUUUUACACGGCAAAAAUUAGGAAGAAAAUCUUGAUCUUGUGUAGUUAUUUUGUGUGUGCAAGCAAAAAACGAAUAAGAGCAAAGCAGACACUGGCAAAAACUCAAAAAACAGCUCCAUAGUAGUGUAAACUAUGGAACAGGACUCGAUGCAUCUGAGCAGAAUACGUGAUGUUAAAGAAUUAGCUGUGCUCAGCGAUGAGGCGCGUGAUGUUAAAGAAGAAGUUAUACUCGAGAGUUCCGGCCAUCAGCUGGAAACUAAAGUACAUAUGGUUACAUCGUCAAAUGAGAAUAGUGGCGGAAGUGGUGGUGGUGUUGUUUCGGUGCCCGUUUCCCUGCCAAUUGGUUCCAUGAUUGCCGGAACGGCUUUCAAUGUCAUAACUCCCGAUCAUUUACCGCAUUUCAAACAGAUGCUGUGCGUCGACAACAAUGGCUACAUCUCCAGUGGUACAGUGGUGGGCAAUGUUGGUGGUGAUCUAAAGACCAUUGUCAUACAUCAACAGCAACAGAGUGAUAAUACCGGAGUGGGUGGCACAGCAAUGGGCCUCAAUCAUGAUGGUUCGGGCAGCAAUAACAGCCAUGACAGCACCGUUACCGGCGAUCAAUUAGUUCAUGGCGGUCCCGGUUCGGGUUGUGGCUCCGGAUCGGGUGUCAGUUGGCCCGAAACAUCGCAAAUGGAAGUGUUUCCCAUACGGUGCAAGACCACCAGCGCAGAAUUGUAUCGCAGCAAAUUGGGUUCGGGUGGCCGGGGUCGCUGUGUUAAGUACAAAGAUAAAUGGUUGACGCCGAGCGAAUUUGAGCAGACCUGUGGCCGUGGCUCAAGCAAAGAUUGGAAACGUUCCAUUAAAUAUGGUGGCAAAUCACUGCAGUCACUUAUUGACGAGGGCACACUGACACCGCACGCAACAAAUUGCAGUUGUACUGUCUGCUGUGAUGAUGAAGCUGCAUCGGGUCCCGUACGUCUAUUUACACCGUACAAACGCCGAAAGCGAAAUCAAGGUGAAGAUGGUGAUAUGGGUCCGAAACGUAAACGUAAUACACACAAUAAUAAUGUUGUCAACAAUACAGAGCCACCGCCACAGGCAACCGUGGUCGACGAUAAUAAUAUGUUUUUAACCGAAGAUAAUAUUACCUCCAAGGAUGAACCAUGGCCAACACUUAAUGAUAGCCUUGAUACAUCAACAGAAUUGGUUGAUCAAACACAAAUUGGCAAUCCAUACGAUAGGGAAACAUUUGUGGUCAACAUCAACGAUCCGGGGUCAAUUGCAUUGUUAGAUAAUAGUCAAACAAUGAAAACAUUAGAGAAUGUUUACUGCACAAUGGUGAAAGCCACCAAUGAUUUUAAGCGUAUUCUGACGGAUCUAAAGAAUACCUAUGAUCGCAAAAUCGAAAUAUUACAAAAGGAACGUGAUGCUGCCGUGGCAGCGAUGCGUGUUCAAGUGCAUGCAGAUCUAGAUGAUCCGAAUAUAUCGGGUUCAUUACAUGGCAACGAAUUGAUAUCAGCUAAAAAGUGCGCUAAUUGCAAUCGCGAAGCUUUAGCGGAGUGUUCAUUAUGCCGAAAGACGCCCUAUUGUUCAGAGUUUUGUCAACGAAAGGAUUGGAAUGCCCAUCAAGUCGAAUGUACACGGAAUCCAGCACCAACAACCACACAACAAAUAAUGCUCCUUGUAGAUGAGCAAUCCUAAAUUGAAUUAAUUCGACACCAACCGCAACAACAACAACAAAAAUUGUACAUACAUCUAUAGAAAUCCGAGCAACAAUUCAAUACAGAGAAAACAAAAACACUGAAAAUUUAAAAACAAUUUUAAAUUUAAAUUCUUUAUACGUUUGAGUAAAACAAAAACCAACCAUUAGCAUUAAUCUUUAAUCGUAAAAUUAAAACAGAAAAAAAAAAACAAAAGCAAGAAAAUAAACCGAAACCGAAAAAAGGCAAUUCACACAAAAAGGUCCUAAUAAAUAAAGCUCCCCCUCCCUCUAAAUAAAAUAAAAGAGCGACAAGAGACAUAGAAGAACAGCCAAUCAAUCAACCAACUAUAAAUUUUUAAAAUAAACAACAACAAAAAUAGACCAGUAACAGAUAGCAGCUGAAACUCACACAACCAUAUAAACAAUAGUCGCCUGUAUAAGAAUCACCUACAAUAACCACAACCACAACCACAACUACUACUUUCAACUAUUACUAUUGAAGAAAUUGAUUACAACAAGAACAAUUACAACAGCCCCCAUCCACCCAUAAACAAGCAACCUACAAACCGACCACAUGAUAACUAUAGACCAGACAGACAAAUAGACAGUCCAGACAGACUCAACAGACUUUAGGUAAAAAGCACGCGAAAUUGAAACAUGUUUCAAUUCAAAAUUUAUAUAUAUAUAUAUAUAUAUAAAUAUGUAAUGAAAUAGCCGGGGCUUUAGGAGGCCUCUACGUUUCGUAGAGCGGCUGGCCGGUGUUAAUUAAAAAAUUAAACAAAAGAAAAAAAAGGAAAAGUAAACCUUGCAUAAAAAAUUUACAUACAUAUUCGUCUAUGUAUACAUACAUACAUCUUUUUUUCAUUAGAUUUUAAGACAUAGUUAAACUUUUAACAUUUUAUUAUUAUUUUAUGGAUAAUAUUAAUAAAAAAAAAAAAAAAAAACAAAAACAAACAAAACAAAAAACCAAAAGAAAGCGAAAAACAAAAAAUGGCAAAACAAACAAUUAUAAUAAUAAUAAACGUAAUUCAUAAACAAUUCAAAUUCAAAAACGAAACGAAACAAAAGGACACAGGAAACGAGAACCCAACUACUGCCGUUACAACAUUUCAAGAAAAAAUAAAGAUUUCAAAUUUUCCAAAACCAAUCACUUAGAAGGCUCACAACACAAACAAAAAACUAACCCACGUAAAAAAAUUCCCAUAAUAAUUAAAAAACAAAAAACAACAAUAACGGACCACCCUAAGGUCUCUGCAUUCCUCUAAUACGAGACUAAACAAUACAUUUUGUUAAUUUUAACUUUGUUCUUAAUUCAUUGAGAGUUACUUUAAAUUAAAAAAAAUGUAAAUUUUUGAAAAAAAAAAUCAAAAUAUAGGUAUUUUUUUAGAAUGUAAUGAAUCCUUUACCUCCAAAACAUUUUUUGUUUUUCAUGUUCAUUCAUCUGUUUUCAUGUUCAGGUGGUUUUAUGUAUGUUUCUUUGCUUCUCCAACGUAUUUCUUUGGAUAUAACGCUAGAUUAUCUACUAAUGACCACUAACACCCCUUGCACAAACAUCAUAUGUUUGAAUAUUUCUGGGGCAGUAUUUCUUUCUUCCUCUCUUCAUCCUCUCUUAAAGACUUAGUUUUUUUUUUUUGAAAAAUAAAACACAACAAACGGAAAUGGCUUGAAAUCUUUAUUCAUGCAUGUCUGUAAUGGUUUCGUAAGCAACAACAAAAUAUUUAAAACAAAAGAAAGAAAAAACAACAACAGAAAACACAUGACACCUUCAUUUGUGGAAAAAACAGAAGAAAAUACAUACAAUUUUUAGUGUGUUAAUUGGGUAA